UUGCCGAGAAGGGAACAGGUCCCAGGGCCCGGCGGUGCCGUGGGGUUGCUGCCCGACCCCGCUCUCCCCCUCCGCAGGUUGAGCAGCCUGUCUUCCCUGGGCGAUUCGUCUUCGGAGCGGAGGUCUCCAGGGCACCGCCGCCAGCCCUCUGACUCCUCCGAAACCACAGGUCUGGUCCAGCGCUGCGUCAUCAUCCAGAAGGACCAGCAUGGCUUCGGCUUCACGGUCAGCGGGGACCGCAUCGUCCUCGUCCAGUCCGUGCGGCCAGGAGGAGCAGCCAUGAGAGCCGGGGUGCAGGAGGGCGACCGCAUUGUCAAGGUGAACGGCAUGAUGGUGACCAACAGCUCCCACCUGGAGGUGGUCAAGCUGAUCAAGUCUGGCGCCUACGUCGCUCUGACCCUCCUGGGCUCCCCCCCGCCGUCCGUGGGGCUCUCCAGCUCCCAGCAAGACGUGAGCACGCCGGGGGCUCCCCGCCUCGCCCCCGCUUGCCCCCCGCCGCCCCCCCCCCCCCCGCGGCCCCCGCCGCAGCGCAUCCCCGGCCCCAGCCCCCGGCAGGACCCCGAGGUUCAGAAGCACGCCACGCAGAUUCUCCGCAACAUGCUGCGGCAGGAGGAGGCAGAGCUGCAGCGCUUCUACGAGGCGUACAGCCGCAACCCCGCCACCGUGGUGGAGGAGCAGAUCGAGGGGGCACGCCGGCGGGUCAGCCAGCUGCAGCUCAAAAUCCUCCAGGAGACCGGCGGCUCCGUGGAUUCGGGGCGGCUCUGCGGGGACUCCGGCUUGGCUGCUUUCAGAGCGGCAGAAGGCGUCCUGUGGGUGGCGUCUUGCGGCGGGGGCAGCGGCUUGGAGUCGGGCACAGAGCGGUUCCCCUCCGUCAGCGAGAUGUCCCUGAACCGCAACUCCGUCCUCUCGGACCACGGCCUGGACAGCCCGCGCACCUCCCCGGUCAUCGCCUCCCGCCUCUACCAGCACCACCGCCGCCAGGGCUCCGACACCCCCUUCGCCCCCACGGCCGAGCAGGGAUCGGAGCGCGCGGGACGACCCCUCAUCAUCGGGCCGGAGGAGGAUUACGACCCGGGAUACUUCAACAACGAGUGCGACUCCCUCUUCCAGGACCUGGGCAAGCUCAAGGCGCGGCCGGCACACCUGGGGGUCUUCCUGCGCUACAUCUUCUCCCAGGCCGAUCCCAGCCCCCUGCUCUUCUACUUAUGCGCAGACGUGUGCCAGCAGGCGGCCGCCAAGGAUUCCCGGGUCUUGGGAAAGGAAAUCUGGAACAUCUUCUUGGACAGGAACGCGCCUCUCCGAGUGAAAGUGUCGGAGCAGCUCCUGGCUGAGAUCGAGACUCGCCUGCGGAACGGGGACGAUGUCCGGGCCGCCCUCUUUGAGGCUCAGGAGAUGGUGAUGCCCGAGAUCCAGGAGCAGAUCCAGGACUACAGGACGAAGCGCACCAUGGGGCUGGGGAGCCUGUACGGGGAGAACGACCUCCUCGACCUGGACGGGGACCCCCAGAAGGAACGGCAAGUGGCCGAGAAGCAGCUGGCCCAGCUGGGUGACAUCCUGUCCAAAUAUGAAGAGGACAGGAGCUCCCCCAUGGCCUUUGCCCUCAGCACGUACAUGAACCACACCGGCAUCCGCAGCCGGGAGCCGCGCGUGGCCAGCGAGAAGGCGCAAGCCCUCCCGGACAAGGACAAGUGGCUGCCCUUCUUCCCCAAGACCAAGAAGAGCAGCAGCACGAAGAAGGAGAAGGAUGCCAUGGAAGACAAGAAGCGCAACCCCAUCCUCAAGUACAUCGGGAAGCCCAAAAUCACCUCCCAGAGCACAUUUCAUGUCCCUUUGUCCCCUGUCGAAGCAGUCAAACCCGGCAAUGUGAGGAACAUUAUCCAGCACUUUGAGAACAACCAGCAUUACGAGAGCCAGGAGCCCGGCACGCAGCGCCUCUCCACCGGCAGCUUCCCCGAGGACCUGCUGGAGGCCGACGGCUCCCGCGCCGAGGUCAAGCUGGGUCGGUCGGAGAGCCUGAAAGGCCGCGAGGAGAUGAAGAAAUCUCGGAAGGCAGAAAACGUGCCCCGCUCCCGCAGCGACGUGGACAUGGAUGCCGCAGCCGAAGCCACCAGGCUUCACCAGUCAGCGUCGUCCUCCGCCUCCAGCCUGUCCACCAGGUCGCUGGAAAACCCCACGCCCCCCUACACGCCCAAGAUGGGACGCAGGAGCAUCGAGUCGCCCAGCCUGGGCUUCGGCGUCGACCCCUUCCUGCCUCACCUCCUGGAGGACGAGCAGGGCCAGCUCUCGGACCUGGAGCCCGAGCUGGACUCGCAGAACUGGCAGCACACGGUCGGCCGGGAGGUGCUGGCCAACCUGCCGCAGAAGGAGAUCGACCGGCAGGAGGUGAUCAACGAGCUCUUUGCCACCGAAGGGUCUCACCUCCGCAUCCUCCGGGUCCUCGACCUCCUCUUCUACCAGCGGAUGAGGAAGGAGAGCCUGCUGUCCCGCGAGGAGCUGGCGCUGCUCUUCCCCAACCUCCCAGAUGUGAUCGAAAUCCACAAUUCUCUCUCCGAAUCCAUGAAGAAGCUCCGGGAAGAAGGACCAAUCAUCAAGGAAAUCGGGGAUCUCAUGCUGUCUCGGUUCGACGGGCUGGCCAAGGAGGAAAUCCAGCAGGUGACCGCGGACUUCUGCUCGUACCAGUCCAUCGCCCUGGAGCUGAUCAAAACCAAGCAGCGCAAGGAGACCCGGUUCCAGAUCUUCAUGCAGGAAGCAGAAAGCAACCCGCAGUGCCGGCGCCUGCAGCUCAAGGACUUGAUCAUCUCCGAAAUGCAGCGCCUCACCAAGUACCCGCUGCUGCUGGAGAACAUCCUCAAGCACACCGAGGGUAGGGGCUGGGGGGGGGCUCACAGUUGGUCGGGGCAAUUCUCCGGCUUCUCCAGGACGCCGUUGUCCAUGACGAAGCGCAGGACCUGCUCGUUGGACAUGCCCUGGUAG